UAAACUUUAUUAGUUUUGUUUUUCAGUUUUUGUAUUCUUGCCUUCAUAUUACACCAUGACAAUCACCCUUUAUUUUCCUCAUAAUUUUUCUUUCUAUUAUAUACUUGUAAUUUCUUUUGGUACGGCAUUCUUGGCCUUCAGUCAAAUGGGGGAACAAUAUGUAGCCAAAUCUGUGGCAACAAUACAAUUACAAUAAUCCCCUUUUCCAUCUUCACACCUAUUGCUUCACUAUUCUCUUCACCACCAUCAUCAUUUUCAAUCCCAUAACCAUUUUCUCUUCUCUUUUCACUUUCCAAAUUCAAUGAACACCAAAACCAAAACUCAAUACUCACGUGCAUGACACGUGUCACGUGAAAUUUUCCAAUCUUAUUCUUCUUCUUCAUCAUCUUCUUGUACACCUAAACAAAUCCACUUAUAGUUCAACCUAUCUCAAUUUUUUUUCCAACCCAUUUUAAACUUUUGCAAAGUUUGAAUCUUUAGUAGAAAAUAACAAGACCCAGAAAAUUAUUUUUGCAAUGCGACGAGUAAUGAUUCAGUAGUUUCAACUUUCAAGCUUCUGUGAUCGUUCAACAAUGGGGGGUUGCACUUCAAAGCCACAGAAACCAAACCCAUAUGCCCUUAGAGAAACGGAAACUGACCCAACACAAAUCCCACAGACCCCACAAAGUCCCUACACCGGUAACCGGAAAGAUGACGUCAUCGCCGGAAAAAAGUCUCCGUUUUUUCCAUUUUACAGUCCAAGUCCAGCUCGGUUUCUGAAGAAGUCUCCGUCGACUCCGGCGAGUGAAAGAAGCCGGAACUCGACGCCGAGAAGGUUUUUCCGGCGACCCUUUCCACCGCCGUCUCCGGCAAAACAUAUAAGGGCUGUGUUGGCUAGGAGACAAGGGAAGAAGGAAGCCGCGGCGAUACCGGAAGAGGGGGAGGAGGGUGCUGGGGAUUUGGACAAGAGAUUUGGGUUUUCAAAGGAUUUUGCUAGUAAGUUGGAGGUUGGGGAAGAAGUGGGUAGGGGGCAUUUUGGGUAUACUUCUGCUGCUAAAUUCAAAAAGGGUGAGUUUAAGGGUCAACAAGUGGCUGUCAAAGUGAUUCCUAAAGCAAAGAUGACAACAGCAAUUGCAAUUGAAGAUGUGAGAAGAGAGGUCAAAAUAUUGCGAGCUUUGAACGGGCACAGCAAUUUGGUAAAAUUUUAUGAUGCAUUUGAAGACCAAGAAAAUGUCUACAUUGUAAUGGAGUUAUGUGAAGGGGGAGAGCUAUUAGACAUGAUACUAUCAAGAGGAGGGAAAUACUCAGAAGAUGAUGCCAAAGCUGUCAUGGUACAGAUACUAAAUGUUGUUGCAUUUUGUCAUCUUCAGGGUGUGGUGCACAGAGAUCUUAAGCCUGAGAAUUUUUUGUACACUACAAAGGAUGAAAGUUCUGAGUUAAAAGCUAUAGACUUUGGGUUGUCAGAUUUUGUCAGACCAGAUGAAAGGCUUAAUGAUAUUGUUGGAAGUGCAUAUUAUGUGGCUCCUGAAGUUCUCCAUAGAUCUUACAGUACAGAAGCUGAUGUGUGGAGUAUAGGUGUGAUAGCAUAUAUUCUAUUAUGUGGUAGUCGCCCAUUUUGGGCUCGAACAGAAUCAGGUAUUUUUAGGGCAGUUUUGAAAGCUGAUCCGGGAUUUGACGAAGGUCCCUGGCCAUCCUUAUCUUCAGAAGCCAAAGAUUUUGUCAAACGCCUACUCAAUAAGGACCCUCGGAAGCGAAUAUCUGCUGCUCAGGCUCUGAGUCAUCCUUGGAUACGUAAUUACAAUGAUGUAAAAGUUCCGCUUGAUAUUUUAAUAUUCAAGCUCAUGAAGACAUAUAUGAGAUCGUCAUCCUUGCGUAAGGCUGCCUUAAGGGCCUUAUCUAAGACUUUAACUGCCGAUGAACUCUAUUAUCUGAGAGAACAAUUUGCGUUGUUGGAACCAAGCAAAAACGGCAGCAUAUCCUUGGAGAACAUUAACAAGGCCUUGAAGAAACAUGCAACAGAUGCCAUGAAAGAGUCUCGUAUCACUGAUUUUCUUUCCUCGCUGAGUUCAUUACAAUAUAGAAGGAUGGAUUUUGAAGAAUUUUGUGCGGCUGCAUUAAGUGUGCAUCAACUCGAAGCUCUUGAUCGUUGGGAACAACAUGCUCGCUGUGCAUAUGAACUUUUUGAGAAAGAUGGAAAUAGGGCUAUUGUCAUUGAAGAACUAGCUUCAGAACUUGGACUUGGUCCAUCGAUCCCUGUUCAUGUUGUCCUUCAUGACUGGAUACGCCACACAGAUGGGAAGUUAAGCUUUCUCGGGUUUGUCAAAUUAUUGCAUGGUGUAUCUAGCCGAAGCCUUCCAAAGGUUCAGUUAUGAUGUAAAGCAAAUGCAUGUGGAUAUGCUGGAUUUUCUCUGCUAUGUAGAUCAAUCAUAUUUAAAUUUGUCUAUUGUACUGCAACUGAUGAUUUGUCUCACCGGCAUCUGAAGCCAUUGCAAGCAUGGCCCACUAAAGUAUAGUUUCAUUAUGAAAUGCAAAAUGAUUCUUUUGAAGGCGCUCAAAUUGUAAAAUAGUCUACAGAACCGUGGCUUAAGAUAUGAAUCGUAGGUUUAGAAUUAGCUUUGCCUUGAUGGGUGGUAAUAAUUUAGUGUCACUUAUCUUAACGAAUGCUUUUAUAUACAUUUUACAUUUGAAAGUCUUAUAAUUUCUACUCUCUUUUUUGUAUUUGUGUAUUGUCGCAUAAGUGUACUAAUUUAACAUUCGUAGAAUCUAAUUAUGUGGAAAGAA